GCCUCGGACGCCGCACAGCAGACGCACGCCUGCGAGCGGACCGUUGAGUUGUCCGGAGAGCGGAGGCCGAGGGCAUCUCAGCGAUGCUGUGUCGGGCGGCGAGCAGCGCGGGCAGGAGGCUGGGCCCUGCGGCCAGUGUCGCGGGCUCCCGGCACAAGCACAGCCUCCCCGACCUGCCUUACGACUAUGGCGCGCUGCAGCCGCACAUCAACGCGCAGAUCAUGCAGCUGCACCACAGCAAGCACCACGCGGCCUACGUGAACAAUCUGAACGUCACCGAGGAGAAGUACCACGAGGCACUGGCCAAGGGAGAUGUUACGGCUCAGGUUGCUCUUCAGCCAGCACUGAGGUUCAAUGGCGGGGGACAUAUUAAUCACUCCAUAUUCUGGACGAACUUGAGCCCUAAUGGUGGUGGAGAACCCAAAGGAGAGUUGCUGGAGGCUAUCAAACGUGACUUUGGGUCUUUUGAGAAGUUUAAGGAGAAGCUGACAGCUGUGACUGUUGGAAUUCAAGGUUCAGGCUGGGGCUGGCUUGGCUUCAAUAAGGAGCAGGGUCGCUUACAGAUUGCUGCCUGCGCUAAUCAGGAUCCAUUGCAAGGAACAACAGGCCUUAUUCCCCUGCUGGGGAUUGAUGUGUGGGAACACGCCUAUUACCUUCAGUAUAAAAACGUCAGACCCGAUUACCUGAAAGCUAUUUGGAAUGUAAUCAACUGGGAGAAUGUCACUGAAAGAUACACAGCUUGCAAGAAGUAAAGCCUCAUCACCAUACUGAGUAUAUCAGGCCCUUGAUGGCUAUUUUUGUAGUAGUAUAGAGUGCUGCGGUUACUGUGACUGCGGUGUUGUUACCAUUUAUUGAUGUAUAUCCACAUAGCUGAUGACUAGAAUGUUAAGAUACUUUCUUAUUUUUAAUUAAACUUACAAUUAGGCAACUGUUUGAGAACAGUGCAUAUUCUGUGUGAAUUAUUCUUGAUUGAACAUUUUCAUUUGAGCCUUGAAUUGCUAGGAUACCCUAACUGUCAUUGUAAGACCACCAAAAAUAUUCUAUCUCAAUGUUUUGGGGGCCUACAGGAGAGUCUAAUCCUAUUCUACUGCAGUUAGAAAAAAAAUUGAGUUGUUCCCCCACCUCGAGUUGUUAAACAAUAAAAUAGUUCAUUUUCUAUUAAAAAUUGCUAUUUUUGGUAAGUAAUCCUUUGCUUAGUAGAUAUCACCUAGUGGUCUUUAUUUGUGGUCACAGUUUUGCAUGAGAAACACAAUUUUUUUUAUUUGAAAUCUGUAACUUGAGGCUAAGGAUGAAGUUCAGUGGUAGAGCCUUAGUGUGCAAAGCCCUGGGUUCUACUUCAGUACUGAAAACAAAUCAACAGAACCCAUAGCUUGGUUACUGAAUGAGAACUGUUUUAUUAUAAGAUGAGUCUAAUUGUGCCUCUGGGUUUUUCUAUAGGCAGAGAUGGAAAAACAUUUAAUAUUGUCUUUAAAAACCAAUUGUAUGAAGUGUUCAACGUGGACUAUUAGGGCCCGCCUGAUGAUGUCAACCAUGGGGACUGGGCUACAGGGCAUUCUGGGAAGCCACCUAGCACCCUUAAUUGUGUAUCUCUGGAGAACUGGACCCUGGGCCAGAUGGCACAUUUCUCAGUAGAGGCAAAUGGAUUUCUGAGUGAAGUUAGAAGGGUGUCUUCAGAACAUUAGUUUUCAGAGACAUUUAUUUUUAUUUUAUCUAUAGUUUCAAAAUUUUAUAGCUACCAGAGGGGCUUUAUAUUAUGUUCUUCCGUAAAGGGAGGGGCUUUCCCUGACAAGAUGACACAGUGUUUCUGAUUGUUCCUGUGCAGGGUUGUGUGUGGAGUUGUGCCCUGUGGAAGUGCCACAGGGGCCCUUGUGAAUUUGCCUUUCAUAUUUUGUUUCAGCAUCUUCCUAACUAUCUUUAAUGACUAGGCAAUGUUUUUAUCAAUGGACAUGCCAUUUAUAGUUCCAUUACUGGGUAGUUCAUUUGUGCUUAAUUGUUGUUUAUUACCAAAAAGGCUGUGUCAGCAACCCCAUGCAUUCGAAGUACUUCUUACUGCCUGGAGUCUUUUUUAAGGUUCAUUUUAUUUGCAAUUAUGUGUGUCUGUCAUAGGAAUGCAGGUAGGUGCCCAUGGAAGACAGCAGAUAUUGUUGGAUCUCUCAGAGCUGAGGUAGUUACAGGUGGCCGAAGCCACCUGAUGUGGGGGGGACUUGGACUGGGGUCACCUGCAAGAGCAAUAAGCACUUAACCACUGAGCCACCUCUCCAGCCCCUGGAUUUUUUUUUUUUUUUUUCUUAAAUCUAUCUUGUAAUUUAUUCCAAGUUUUUUUUAAUCCUCCCCUCAAGUAUGUUUUCCUUUUUUUUUUUUUUAAAUGGAAAAAUGGAGUGACUUAGAAGUUUCAGUAUUGAAGACUGAAGUUUAAAAAACAAAACCAAACUUAAAUUCAAAGCACUUUAUAACACUUUAUAACAGAAGCUCAUCAGGUGUUUUCAACGUCAGUGCUGAUCGGUCCUGGUGGCUCCUUUUGUAUGUUUAUACUUGUGUGUGGAGGGACUCAGAAGACUGAGUAGCAGCCAGUUGUAUGGGACAGUGACAGGACUGAGCAAAGGAGAGUCACAUGGUUCCACUUUGUUUACAAGGCAGUGAACGCUUUUAAACAGACUUUUUAGGAAAGUGGGACUUAGAUGGAUAGACUUUGGAAAACAAGUCUUAAGAUCAGAGUUUUCUUGAACUAACAAAGAUUUGCAGAGACUACUGACUUUAUAAAACUUUGACUCAUACUAAGCUUUCAGAUUAAAAAAAAUUCAAUGGUGAAAUUUCUAUGAGGCUCUAUUUUUGCUAUGGCUUUCUGUUGUCAAGAAUGAGGAAUGGCACCGUGUUCAUUCGGUUAAAGUCUCCCGAUGCAUAGAUUUUUAAGAGACCGGGAGAAUUUACAAACUAAAAUGAUCCAGUGUAAAAUGAGGCUUAGACUGGGAAGAGAUAUGUGUUAAGUGUGUGUGAGUGUGUGUGAGUGUGUGCAACAAGAUCAGCAGCGUGUUGUUCCAGUCAUGGUUGAACCGACAGGCACCAGCACAUACUGGAGAGAAACAAGGAAGCUCUUUCCUUUGAGGUAGUAUCUGCUGCUUGAACUAUUGUGCAUUAAUUAAACUUUGGAGUUAAGAAAUUGCCUUAUUGCAUUCUGAAAUUCUUGGUCUAAAGUGAGAUCCGAAUUUCUGUUAAGCACCUUUAUAAAAAGUAUUGAAGCCAUAUAGUCAGGACUGAUAUGUAUUGUGUGUGGUGUCAUAGUGAAAACUAGGUAUAAAUACUGGCUUUUUUUUUUUUUUUCCUGUUGUAAUUCAGUUAAACUGCUUUCAGGAACACUGUUAGGUACGUUUUUAAAUAAGUCACAGCAAAGCAUAUCCUGCUGAUCCCAGGAAGCUAGCAUUUGUCUUCUGAACAUCAUGUCUAGCACCUGCUGAAAAGUCUGUAAGGUCCUGGGUAGUUUUCGCUUAAAUAUUGAUCAAAGAAGUGUUUAUUUUCCUAUUGUAAGUGCAAAGUGGUGUUGAUUGUUAAUAAAGACAAUCUGUCAACUAUCAA